AUGGAUUGGCAAUGCUUCCCCAACGAGAUUUUCAUCGUGAUUACUUCUUUUGCAACCAUCCCCACCAUCAGCCGCAUUGCACGUACCAAUCGCACGAUGCGCAGUCUCCUUGCAGACAGAAUCUACACGAUGGAUUUGAAACGUCGAGAAAGGAAGGGCAGAGUGUCUCGGGCCCUGCGCUGGGCCUUGUUCGCCGCGCGAGACUUUCACGAGCAAUACGACUUCGAUGUGGACAUGACUGUGGUAUUUGCCGUGGCGCGAAAGGCUAUUGCGGCCGGCGCUGAUGUUAACAUUUGGGUUGAAAUGGGACAUAAUCGGCUCUUAGAAGGGAGUUUUCAUCAUCUACCGCCCACACUCCUCGGAAUUGCCGCUUCGACAGGCGACGUAGCACUGGCUCAGCUGCUGCUGGACGCCGGCGCCGACGUCAAUGCCGGAUAUCCCCCCAUUCAUGCUGCCACAGCUCAUGGUAAGCUUCACAUGAUGAAGCUUCUUUUCAAUUACCCAAAUAUACGUUUGGCGAAUUUCCAUACUGUCUACACUAGUCUCUUGAGCAAGGCUGUCGACACAAAUUCCAUCGAUGCUGUGAAGCUUGUUAUUCCCCUCGUGGGCCCUCGGACUUCCACCGAAUUGCAAAGGGAAACGCCAAUCCACAAUGCAGUCCUAUUUCAGAAUCCUGAGAUUGUUGCCGAGCUUCUUAGAUGCGAAUUCAUUGAUCCGGACACCCCGAGACACGUCGAACCUGGGCCGCGCAAAACACCUUUUACAUUGGCAUGCUGCCUCCCCAAUAUAGAGAUUGUGAGGCUUCUUCACGAUGAUUUGAGAUUUAAUGUAGACGGCUAUGUGUGUCGGCUUUCUCCCAUUUACUUUGCCCUCAUGCAUGACCAGUAUCCGGCUGCAGAAUUCCUGAUUCAAUCCAAGAAGGCCGAACGUGUUCACUACAACGCCAUGCUCUUUUUUAUCGAACGCAACAUGCUCAGAAGAGCUUAUCAUCUUCUUUUUAGGCUUGAGACCAAGAUCGGGCCACAGAUUGAGAUUUUGAUAGGCCUAGCAGAAAGGAAGGGUCACCACCAGCUGGCUGUUGACCUUCGUACACAGCGCGAUAAAGAGGCUUCGGGUUAG